AGAAAGCAGGGCCGACGGGCGAGUAGGACAGCGGUGGUGUAGAGCUGCCGUGGAGAUGCUGCCCAGGAGGUGCCUAGGAGAUGCGGAAUGCCCAGCAGCCCAGGUGGGAGGCUGGGUUGGCACAGACCGGCGAGCCCUCUUGGGUCUAUCCCAGCGCCGACCAGCCUGGGCGCAGGGGGUGCUGUUCCGUUCCGUGAACUUCUGUCAGGUCAGUCAGGUUUGUUCUGUCCGUUCGUCCCACAGGUGCGACAGUCCAGCAAGACUCAAGACUGCAGACUGCAAGACUGCAGGUCGCCUCCUGCAGCCACCUGCACGAGCUGGCCGCUGCAACACACCUCCAAAUGUUCCCUGGCGGAGAUCUCCCCUGCUGCUGCAACAUCACAGAAUACUCUGCUGCUAAUCUCGGCACGCCUGGCUGCCAGGUGGCAUACUGUACUGUGUGCGCUCUAGCUGACAGGUGGUGCGAAUCUGGUGCUCCCUAGCGAGAUAUUCAAGCCAAAGAGAGCAAAGCCCCAUCGACCUUGCAACCCUGUCUCGGGUAGGCUGGUAGGAUUGUCUUGAUAACUUCCCAUCCGGUGCGGUCCAUUCGGAGUGAUCAGCAUGGCUUGCAUCAGCCUCCUCUACUCCUCCUCCUCCUCCUCCUCACCCGCUCCCACCCUGCCACCCUGCCACCCUCACCCUUGCUUGGCCUCACGCACCGUCGCUCCGUACCCGAUGCCAUAGUACACUACACAGUCCCAUCUCGUUAGCGGCUGAAGACGCUAUCCCGAUUGAUGAGGCCUCUUUUAGUAUAAUUCUUGUAUGCGCCCACGUUCCCAGGCAGGCUGCAAAAGAAACCGCCGCUAAGUCCAAGUACCACCAAAACCCUUCAUGUUAGCACCACGAUUAUUCCACAACCAUAUCAUAUGUGCUUGAUUUUAAUUAUAUAAAUAUCUUUAGAGUAAGCUUCUAAUUCAAAUGGUAUUAAAAUAUCAUUAAGAACUUGUGGUUGUGGGCAGAAAGCAGGUGGAUAACUUCUGGGAUCCUGAUUCUAGUACAUAACCAUGUGCGGUUUUUUUUGCAGCCCGCCUGGUUCCCUCGCUGCAACUUCUCUCCCACCGCCACGGCAAACGGGUCAGCAAGGAGUGGGUAUUCUCUCGGCUUUGAGCUGUCACUCUUACGAAAAUAAGCACGCUCGCUGAAUAUCACAAUCACUCGCUACUCCGUACUUAAUCCACCCCAGCGCACUGCACUGCACUGCACUGACUUGUUUCGUCUCCGCCGAGAGACCCUCCCAUCAUCAUCAUCAUCAUCGACGGGCAGAACGGGUUAAACAUCGACAGUUCCAGUGGCUUCUCUGCCCUUGAUCCGGAUCCAGCCUCAGGCCCAGACCUGCAUGCCUGCAUGCUCCCCUAGGGUCCAGUAAAAACCCAAUCCUCGCCACGGAUCUUGUCCAGAUCGUCUUGUCCAGUCCCCGCAGUCUCAGCGUCCCAUCCAGGAACCCGCCCGGUCGCCCUUUUGCCUCUGGUCGCCUCCCCCGAACUGCUGCAACCGCACAUCUGCCAGCGCAACGCUGAUCCACCAUCCUGGAGCUUAGCUGGGCCCACCUUGGAACCUGACAGGCCUGCAAGAGUCUCCGGUUUCCAGUUCCUGUUUCUGGACCCGCACGACCACCAGCACCCAGGCCACCCCUGCCUACCAAGCAGCCCAAGCAGCUUGUUGGAGAAAGUAUUACUGGCCGCCAAACCCACCUUUCGACAUCGCUAUUCGCACAGCUCGACUGCAACCACAUGUCCACUGGCCCCAAUAUGCACCUUGAGACCCCAAAAUAAGCUGCCUCGCUGAUCGUCCGCUUCUGAGGCUCUCCUCACCUGUGGCGGUUCCACUUCUGCGGCACUUGUCUCCCGCUUGGCGCCUGCGACUGCACCGCACCGGUGGCGUAGCGCCUCUUCCCAAGGGUUAUCUGCAGCGUCCGCCCCCAUCAUCUAUCUACCUCCCUUCUUCAAGCCCCUCCUCCCCAGCCGCCAUGGCUCCGUCAAAACCAAACGAUGUCGAGGCUCUUGGAGCAGGACUGGCCCAGGACAUCCAGGAGAAGCACUACCUGAGGGAGACUGAGACACAUCAACAAGCUGUACGGACACCCGACACUGGCCGACCACGACGAACCAUGGAUUCUGGACGGAAACUCUUGCUGGCACUGCUGGUGUGCUGCAUGGUCGCCCUGGGCUUUGCAUCAGCCCAUCAUGCCCGGGCAGAUUGUCAUGACCAGGUCGCAAACGCUGACCAUCCCGUUGUGAACGUCGAGCACUCCUCGCUGUCAUCUCUGCUGGCGUCCAACUCCGCCGAGUCUCUUCGUGAGCUCCUGGAGAAAUAUGUGCCCGAGAGAUACCGCCACGAGGAUUCUCGCAUUGGGAAGCGUCAGGAAAGCAACGGAACUGUCUCGACCCCGGUCACAACGGCUGUGACGACAGUCUCGUCCGAGUCGGUUGUGGCUACCACCACCGUGCAGACUCAGCAAAGCCCAACAACAACUGCCGCCACCACCCCGACCUCUGUGAGCGUUCAGCCCCCCGUCCAGACCGAGACGGUGGUGCAGACGACCGUGCAGACCCAGGAACAAGCCACCCAGACCGUCACAGCUCCUCAGAAUCCUCCUACUCCCUCAGAACCUGCUGCUUCUUCUGGUACGUCCGAAGUCAUUACUCCUUCAGCACCUGCCCCAGUUUCUCCUCCCCCAGCGCCGACGUCUUCGUCUUCGUCCUCGUCUGAACAGAGGAGCGUCGCCGUUGACUCGUCAACCACGACUGCCACUUCUGCAAGUCAGUCUGCCCCUUCUUCGUCUUUAUCUUCUGCCUCUGAGUCGUCUGCAACUCUGCCCUCCUCUUCCUCGUCUUCCUCUAGCACUGGAGAAACCUCCAGUGCUGAGGAACCCACGAGCGUCUCCAGCACCGCGUUGACUACAACCUCAUCUGCUCAAACACCGCCACAAGGCACCACCCUGGACACAUCCAGGACGACCCCGGUCGCGGAUUCGCCCACGAGCACGUCCAAGACUGCCGUGUCGUCCAAGAAGGUCACCACCACAUUCACGUCCACCAUGCCAGACGGCGGGAUCUCGGUCGUCACACAGACCUCCUUCUCCUACGUCGACGCAGAACCGACGGACGGCUCACACACCCGCCCGGCCGCAAGCCUGCAGACCAACGCCGCUUCGGCUGUGGGACCGGCGCUUCCAGGUGCCGCCACGCUGCUGGCAGGACUCUGGUUCUUUUUAUGGCAGUAAUUUUCAGCCCUCUUGAGGGCAGAGUGUCGGCGGACGGCAUCUUACCAGAUGCCCUGGCGCACUUUGCCUCGGGCAUGUUGGAAUGCCAGGAUAAUAAUGCCCAGCAUGGGUGGCCCACGGGCCGCGGAUGGAGGGAGAGUGAUAUUCUCCAAACGCCCACAGAGGCGACCAGGGAAUCCGGAGGCCCUUCUGUUCCGGCCUCGGAAGUUUGUUUUUCGAAAGCAUUGUGAUUUUUGAACAGCUUUUACAGCACUUGCAUAGCGUCAUUGGGCGGGGCACAGCGGGAUACGGCGCUACAGUAUCGGACCACUCCUUCAUUGUGAUCUUUUUUUGCUUCGGGCAUUAGAACUACUAGCGGGGAAACAAAAUGGGCACGCGCGCAUCAUGAUGACCUACAUAGAAGGAGGAGAAGAGAAAAGCACGACUAGUUAAACGCAGGGGGUUGAGAAGGUAUAUUCUCUCAACAAGUACAUAGUGAAUGUACACGAAAUAAUACUGAAACCUUUUUGAGGUUUGACACUUG